AAAAAGAUCGCCGAGAAGUGAGCGGCGGGCGCACGGAGGGCUGCGCACUGGGUUAAAGAAGCACAAGGAGACUGAAAAGGCGCUUCACCGAAGGGAACAGAGGGGGAAGAAGAGGAAGGGAGAGAGAGCGAGAGAGAACGAGAGACUGAGGUCGAGAUCGAAUCUCACUCUCCCACUUGAGGUCUUCAGCGGAUCGCGUCCGGCGUCUGGCAACUGCAGGACAAUGUCUAGUAAAGCGACUUUAGCCUUACUCAUCUACGGAAUCAUAAUGCAUCACAGCGUCCACUGCUCACCUGUGGGGCUUAGCUUUCCCAGUCUUAGACUUGACAGUGAGGUCUAUGAUGAGGAUGGCAAUUCCUUAUCGUCCCUGGAUUACGACAGAGACCAAGUGGAUGUGAGAAGCCCCCCGUCCGUCGAUGACGACGUCCACAGUUUGUAUUACCCACCGGAGAAAAGAACGGAAAGGCAUGCAGACGGCAUGUUUAAUAAAGCCUACAGGAAAGCGCUGGGUCAGUUAUCAGCAAGGAAAUAUCUGCAUUCUCUGAUGGCAAAACGUGUAGGCGGGGGGAAAACGUUGGACGACAGCUCAGAGCCACUAUCCAAGCGACACUCAGACGGGAUCUUCACAGACAGCUACAGCCGCUACCGGAAGCAAAUGGCAGUCAAGAAAUACCUGGCAGCAGUCCUGGGGAAAAGCCUUGAAGACAUAGGUUUUCACCAUAUCCUACAAGACAUAGACUUUGAUGCCCUCCCAGACGGGGAUGAGUUUAAGGCUUUUUUUGGAGACUGGCUGAAACAGUUCUCUCCCAAAUAUCCGGCUUUGUGAUGCAGGGAGCAGUUUGUGGCUGUGGUGCCUUGCAUCGACUUUAAAAUCGCCAUGAAUCACAGAUGGCUAUUUAGUGGCCCUACAAUGCUGCACAUCAUUAGCUUUCAUUUCAUCCUUUUGUUGUUGUUUUUGUGUUGCAAGUACGUUUGAUAGGAUCUUUAGUAGCAUCCAGCUUAGACGUCAAGCAUUCUUGCUUGCAUUACUUUCUUUUGCACUUUGUUUUUGGAGCACUAGAUUAGAUUUUUGUGAAAACAGAGGGAAGGAUCAGUUUCCCCUCUCCAUGAAACAUUAUAUGUAUGAUAAUGAAAGUGCCAAUAGCCUUACAAAAAUGAAAAAAUCUCCAAAGGUAUAUAUAUAUAUAUAUUUACUGUGUAGAAAGUGACAAUUAGAUUACUACUUUAAAUGGCGAUCUACAAGGGUCAAGUCAAUAAAUGU